UGGUGAUGGUGCUUCUGUCUGUUUCCUCCCAGAUGCUUUAGGGCCGCCAAGCUGCCCUGGAGGUCUCACCCCUGGUGGCCACUGCGUGUGCUGGGCAGGAUCCCACGGCCACAGCCCCCACACCAUGGAGGCCCCAGAGGUGCCCGUGGGCUCGCUGAUCGACUUUGGGCCUGAGCCACCGGCCGCACUUCCCCUGGAGGCUACACCUCCAGACCCCCAGGAAGGGGACGGCUCCCUGGGUGACGGCGCGUCUGAGAGCGAGGCUACCGAGUCGGCAGACAGCGAGAAUGACAUGGGCGAGUCACCCUCGCACCCCUCCUGGGACCAGGGCCGCCGCUCCUCCUCCUCCUCCGAGUCCUUCUCCUCGGGCCAGAGCGCGGAGUCCACCCAGGAUGAGGAGACCCAGGCUCUCCGCGAGUUCAUGCGCAGCUACGUGGAGAAGAUCUUCUCGGGAGGGGAGGACUUAGACCAGGAGGAGAAGGCCAAGUUUGGCGAGUACUGCAGCAGUGAGGAUGGGAAGGGCCGGGAGUGGUUCACCCGCUUUGUGAGCGCCCAGCGCUGCAACUCCAAGUGCGUGUCAGAGCCGACCUUCUACCGCCUGGUGCAGUCCUUCGCCGUGGUGCUGUUUGAGUGCCAUCAGAUGGACGACUUCGGGCCCGCCAAGAACCUCAUGACCAUGUGCUUCACCUACUACCACAUCGGCAAGCCACACCCACUGCCCGCCGAGCCCAGGGAGAAGGCAGUGGGCAGCAUCGACGCCUACCUGAAGUCCGCCAACAGCUGGCUGGCCGAGAAGAAGGACAUCGCUGAGAGGCUGCUGAAGAACACGGAGAACGUGAAGGGCUUCUUCGGGGGGCUGGAGACCAAGCUGAAGGGGCCCCUGGUCAGGAAAGACGAUGAGAACAAACCCAAGGACAAGCAGCUCAAGACUGUGACAGUGCCCAGCCCCGAGGAGGAGCCAAAGGGGGAGAAGAUCUACCUGUACACACACCUGAAGCAGCAGCCCAUCUGGCACACCCUGAGGUUCUGGAACGCCGCCUUUUUCGAUGCAGUCCACUGUGAGAGGAGAAAGCGGUCCCCCACCACCAGAGGGGAUGCUGGAGAGCAGGAGGACAAGAGGGAGAAGUGGUGCCACAUGACUCAGGAGGAGAGGGACGACAGCCUGCGGUUCAACGAGAACAUCACCUUCGGGCAGCUGGGCACCUUCACCCACAACAUGCUGGCCUUUGGGCUGAGCAAGAAGCUGUGCGGCGAUUUCCUAAAGAAGCAGGCCGUCAUUGGCAACCUGGACCAGGAGCAGUACAAGCUGCUGAGCGACCACAUUGAGCAGAUGGCCGCUGAGUAGGAUGCGGUGGGCGCCGUGCUCCAGGCCAGCAGCUGGCUGCCACCCUUCCAAUGACCCCGCAUGUCACCAGCAGCGCCGGAGCCGCCCUUGCUGCCCAAAGCUAGUGAUUAGAAGAACUGGCUGCCCACCCUUCUUCUCCCUUCUGCCCAUGUCUGCUCCCCACACGUGCCAGUGUUUCACAACCUGCUGCCCACCAAGCGCCAGGCUUAUGAGAUGAGCUCAGGAGGAGAAAGAAAGUGGCCACAGCCAGGUUGGGCACAGGGCAGCGACCUGCACAGUCGUCCGCUGAGGGCAGGGCAGCGGUGUGGGCACAGAGGUAUGCAGUGUGGCUGAGACGGCAGGCGGGCACAGCAGGGUCAUGGGGCACAGGUGAGCUCAGGGGACCAUUGCGCCCCUCCAGGGUCAGUGAUGGCUGCUCGCUCUUCCUGUCUGUGUGACGGGGUGGAGGUCACAGGACCCUGAAGGGCACGGACACAGGGCAGAGACAGCCUGCUGUGUGAGACCUGCCCUCGCCGGGGGGUGAGUGCCGGUGCCAACCUAGCCACCGAGGUGCCUGCGGGCACCCGAGGGACAGAGAAAGUCCCGGCAUGUGGACGUGGCACCAUGCCCAUGAGGGCGGGGCAAGGAGUGCUGUGGCCGCUGCAGACAUUGCGCAUCCUGACAUGGACGGCGCUGUGCCCUGACACAGCCCAGCCGUCUCUUCCCACGGACCUUGCAGAAGCAGCCUUUGUCCUGACCCGGGCCUGGCCCUGCCUUCCUCUGCGCUGUGCCUGGCCGGCCGUGGGGAUUCCCCGCUGGCCCCACGCUGCCAUCCCAGGCAGACGCCACAUGGAACCUGGCUUCUCCAUCUGGCCACUGUCCCCUCCGGUCACAGACCUCAGGAGGGGCUCAGCCUUGCUUCCCGCACUUGCUGCCCCUCUGACAGAUUAAACCCUGCACCCCGCUGUCCUCUCGGGAGCACCUCCCCGCACUGUUCCAGAACAGAGAGCGGCUGAGCCCUACAGCACGUGUGUCCCGCAUGCUGGCUGUGGAUGGGGGUGGCCGUGGGGGCAGGCAGCUGGUGGCUUGAUGUGUGUGUCACUGCAGCCUGCCUUCGGUGCCACCUCAGCCUCGAGACAGUGGGGGUGAGCCCGGAUCGGGGAUCCUGUCCAAUCUGCUCCCUGGAGUGAGGGCCGGGCCGGAGGGCAGCGCAAGGCAAGGCCUUUUCCACUGGCUGUUCAUGGAAGUGCGGAAAGACCGUGCCCCAUGCCCAGGGACGCACCCUUGCAUGGUGGUUCUCCAGGGCCUGCUUCCUGGGGAAACGGCACUGUGGAGACACCUGGCUUGGGAGGCCGGCAUAGCCUCUGCAGGCGCACAUCUCGAGUCCGGCUUUCCUGGCUCCUGGCCUUCAAGAGUGACCUUGAGACUGUCCCCCACCCUGGCCUCUCCACAUGGCACCCUAAGGAGCAGGAAGGGACACCGUGGCUCCUACAGAGGCGGGGUCAGCUUGACCUCGACAAAUGUGGCCUGGCUUGGCACUGCCAGAGGGGCUUGCAGGGCUCUCUGCUUGGGGGGAGCUUGCAAGGCGUGGCUCUGUGUUCUCCAUUGUUGGUGAUUUUGGGGGUGUCCCUAGAUGCCACAUUGUCCCCAGAAUGCACCUGCUGUGUGUGCACUGUGCCAUCCCAGCCUCACACGCGAGAGUGGGGUGCCGGUAUCUCAGGUGACCUGUGCAGUGACGUGCGACAGACUGCGAUUUUCCUGUUGCCAGAAGUGGCAGCAGAGCUCAGAAGGACCACAGUGGAGCAGAGGAACCAGCACACCGCAUGGCAGGGUCGGAUUCGUCCCAGAGCGUGGGCUGCGCUUGGAACCAGCACCAGCACAGGGCCCCGGGUGAGGGCAGAGCUGGCGCCCCCUUCUGCAGCCUGGUGGGCACUGUGCUCGCACGCCGUGGGGCCGGGGCUGUGAGGCAGGAGCCCCUGUGGGCCGGUACCUGUGAGUCCAGGUGUGGAAGGGAUUUCCGUAACCCGUGCCACCGUGGCUGAGGAGGGAGGGGACAGAGGGGUCACUCCACACUGCCCACAGUGCCACUCUCCACCGCGUGCUGUGCCCCUGUGCUUAGGGCCUGGGAGUCAUCUGCUCCUGAGAGGGCAGAACCCAGGGGCCUCCGAGGCCACAUCCAGGGCAGUGAGGGCUGCCUGGCUCUGGGAAGGGGGCGCGAGGGCAGGGGGGCCUGGCUGUGCCCUCAGGGCGGGACACCAGCAAGUGGCUUCUGGGGACUCCUGGCUGCAUGGGCAGCAUCGGACCUGCUGGGCCACUUGAUCCCAACCCGUGCUCCCACCCAGCAAAUCUCCCCUCUCUCCUUAGUCCUGUCAGGCCUCUGCCCUGGGACCAGAAGGCUCCCAUGCUGACCCUUCCCGCUGCCCUGGGCCUGAAGCACGUGCUCACGGGGAAGACAUGGGGACGUGAGGGACAGAGGCCGGCUCCAGGGCCAGGGCUCUCGGCAGUGUGUCCAGGCCCAGCUGCUGGGAGGCCGCAGUGGAGCCUGGGGCUGUCACGUUCAGUGGCCCGAUGGGCCGUGAGAGGACAAGUCCUGCUGAGGACACUCAGACAUGGCCACUGCGAGAAUCCAGUCCCCGGCAAUCCUGGCGGUGCGUGGCACCUUCCCAUGGUGACCUCUUCUGUCCUGUCACCCACAUGGGCUUGACCCGCCCUCGCCGCUGUCCGUGGGUCCUCUGUGGUCACCCCUGUGGUACCGGUAUCUUACUGUCCCUGUUACACAAUCCUGCAAGUCCCUCGAGGUGGUGUUCUACAAUGAUAUUUUAAGGCUGAGAAAGUUCCCAGGUUGGAAUUGGCAAAGCAGCGCUAACAUCAAAGUUGCUUCUUGUGAAGAAGAAAAAUGUACAUAUAUUGCACCUUGGGUUGUCAGAAGGUGAAAACUGAAAUAAA